AUGUCGGCGGAAGAGCUUACGGAAGGCGUGAUUGCGCGCAUGCUCGACUCGGCGGACGGCAGCGGGGCUGUUGACCCCGUGUGCCAGAUCCUGAGCUUGAAGAAGCUGCAGACGAGCAACGCGAGCGCGAACGUCAGCGAGCGCUACCGCGUCGUGCUCAGCGACGGCGUGUACUACGCACAAGCCAUGCUCGCGACGCAGCUCAAGCCGCUCGUCGAGAACCAGACGCUGGAUAAGAACAUGGUCGUGCGGAUCACGCAAUACACGGCCAACACGGUUCAGAACCGCAAGAUCCUUAUUCUGCUCAACCUCGAGGUGCUCUCGCCGGCGCUGCCGCACCGCAUUGGCAAUCCCCAGAACAUCGAGACGGCGGCGCAAGGCGCGCAGCCUGCGCAGGGUGCGCAGCCCGCCGCGACUGCCCCGCAGCCCCAGCCGUCGGUCGGCGCGCAGGCGCUGUCGCGCACGAGCGCGCCGGCGAGCCGCGGCGUGAGCAAGUCGUCGUCGGGCCUGCCGGUGUACCCGAUCGAGGCCUUGUCGCCGUACCAGAACAAAUGGACGAUCAAGGCGCGUGUUACGCUCAAGUCCGACAUCAAGCACUGGUCGAACGCGCGCGGCGACGGCAAGCUCUUUAGCGUGAAUUUGCUCGAUGAGAGCGGCGAGAUCCGCGCGACGGGCUUCAACGACGCGGUCGACCGCUUCUACCCCCUGCUGCAGGAGAACAAGGUGUACUUCAUCAGCAAGGCCAAGGUGAACAUUGCCAAGAAGCAGUUUAGCUCGCUCCCGAACGAGUACGAGAUCGCGCUUGAGAGCAACUCGGAGAUCGAGGAGUGCACCGAGGCGAGCGACGUGCCGGAAGUCAAGUACCAGUUUGUGCCGAUCGACCAGCUCACCAACGUCGAGCCGAACCAGACGACAGACGUGAUCACGAUCCUCGACGGCUACACGGACGUGUCGGAAAUCGUGUCCAAGGCGACGCAGCGCCCGAUCAAGAAGCGCGAGCUUACGCUGAUCGACAGCAGCGGCAUGAGCGUGCGCCUCACGCUGUGGGGCCAGCAGGCCGAGAACUUUGAAAAGACGAUUGCGGGCGAGGAAAAGCCGGUGCUUGCGUUCAAGGGCGUCAAGGUGAGCGACUUUGGCGGCCGCAGUCUCUCCAUGUUCUCCUCCUCGUCCAUGUCGAUCAACCCGGACAUCCCAGAGAGCCACGGCCUCCGCGGAUGGUACGACAACGAGGGCAACGCUGCCCAGAUCAAGUCGUUUACGCGCGCCGAGGCGGGGCCGCCUGGCCAGGGCGGCGCGAUGCGCCCGAACGAGCGCCGCACGCUCGAGCAGGUCAAGGACGAGUCGCUGGGCACCUCGUUCGAGCGCGCCGACUACUUCAACACCCGCGCGACGAUACUCUACAUUCGCCCCAACAACCUGUACUAUACCGCGUGCCCUGAGUGCAACAAAAAGGUUAUGGACGAGGGCGACGGAUGGCGCUGCGAGAAGUGCGACCGCUCUUUCCCGGAGCCGGUGCGCCGCUACAUUUUCUCGGCCAACAUUGCGGACUACUCGGGCCAGAUCUGGAUCAGCGGCUUUAAUGAGAUCGGAUGCCUGCUUCUGGGCAUGACUGCCGACGAGCUCGAUGCGAUUCGCAAUGAGAACGAGGGCGAAUUCAAGGCGGUGCUCCAGCGCGCCGUCGGCCGCGUCAUGCUCUUUAGCUGCCGCGCCAAGCAGGAGACGUUCAACGACACGAAUCGCGUGCGCUACACUGCGACGCAGGCCGUGCCGGUCGACUUCGCCAAGGCGGGCCACGAGCUCGCCGAAUCGAUCCAGGGGCUGAUGGUAGCACACUAA